UUCCGAUAGUCCUGUACAACAGGUUUUUCCCCAUUGUGUCCGUCUCCUGCUACUUGGUACUGUACCUCAUCCUACCUCCAUCGGUACCUGACUACACACCCCACCCGCUGCCAAUUUCCUCGUACCUGAACCACCUUGUUGUGGUGUCUUGCUAUGUCUUUGAGCCCUACCAUUCCCAGUCCGUCGCUCUUUCCCUCCUGAGCCCUACCAUUCCCAGUCCGUUAGUGCCUGUCCCUGUCUCCUUCUCCUCUCCCUUCUCCUCUCCCUUCUCCUCUCCCUACUCCUCUCCCUACUCCUCUCCCUUCUCCUCUCCCUUCUCCUCUCCCUCCCUUCUCUUCCUCUCCCUCUCCUUCUCUCCUUCCUUCCUUCCUUCCUUCCCUCCAAGCCAAAUAUUCCAUCUGCAGCGACUUCGUCCGUCCUGCCACUUCCCUUUUUGAUUGUGAGACUUGUUCACACGACAUUCGUUUAACUACAUAUCGUCUUCAACUCUUCCUUCCAACAACUUCAAUUCUUGGAUCCGCCUUCUUCCAAUUCACUCCAUCCCGAGUUCAUUUUCUUCGCUGUUGUACCCCACACACAGCCCAUAUACUUCCCCUAACGGAUAGACAGAAGUAAUCAACUUUCCAUCAAAAGUAUCCUUCCUUCACAAUGCUCGCCAACUACUUGGUGCCGGCCCUCGCGGUCCUCGGCAUGGUCUCUGCCGCUCCCACAAACCCCGUCUGCAAGCAAACACUGGUGACCAUCAGCAGCCAGUCCGAUGCUGAUGCCCUCAGCGGCUGCACGACCUUCACCGGUAACAUCGAGAUCUCCGCCAAGGUCCCAUCCGGAAGCAUUGGUCUCAACGGCAUCCAACAGAUCAACGGUGACUUGAUUGCCAACAACGCCGUCAAGCUGACUGCCCUUUCCGCCACCUCGCUCGGCUCCGUCAGCGGAACCAUCAAGUUCACCAGCUUGACCACCAUGUCCAGCCUCGAGUUCCCAUCGCUGUCCCAGGUCGGCGCCAUCUCGUGGACGACCCUCAAUGCUCUCCAGUCGCUCACCUUCACCACUGGUGUCACCAAGGCCAAGUCCGUCUUCAUCACUGAUACUGCUCUUACCACCCUCGACGGUAUCAACCUUGCCACCGUCGACAGCUUCGAGAUCACCAACAACGCCUACCUCCGCAAGAUCGACACCCAGGUUGGCAACAUCUCCCAGGCGCUCAUCAUCAACAACAACGGCCCCAACUUGGAGCUUACCUUCCCCAACCUGAUCUGGGCCUUCAACAUGACCGUCCGCAACGUUUCCAGCAUCAGCAUUCCUUCCCUGACGGUUGUCAACUCCACCUUUGGUGUCUACGGAUCCUACAUGCAGUCGGUUAUUGCCCCCAACUUGACCAAGGUCGGAGGUGACGUUGCUUUCGUUGCCGACUCUUCGUUGACCAACAUCUCCAUGCCUCUUCUCCAGACCAUCGGAGGUGGUCUCUUGAUCGCCAACAACAGCAAGCUUCUGGACAUCACCGGAUUCAACUCCCUCAAGAGCACUGCUGGUGCCAUCAGCAUCUCCGGAAACUUCACCAAGGCUGCCUUCCCCGCCCUCGCCGAUGUCCAGGGUACGUUCAACGCCCAGACCUCGGCCAAGUUCUCCUGCAACGACUUCAACAAGCUCCACGAUGCCCAGGUCGUCAAGGGUGACGUCUUCUGCCAGGCCCAGAGCGACAACGUCCAGGACAAGCCCACCGGCUCCACCAGCGGCCAGACCGACUCCGGAAGCAGCGACACCAAGAAGGAUGCCGCUGCUGGCCUCAAGGUCUCGAGCGUCUUCGUUGUCGGCAUGGCCGUUAUUGGUGGUCUUCUCGCAUUGUAAAUGUAGCUAUUUUUUUCGCGAGAGAGAGAGAGAAGGAUAUGAGUUGUUGAGUCGAGGAUGGCGUUUUGUCGUCGUUUUUUUUUGUUAUUAGUAGUGCAGUCGAGCUAGACAAGGACAUAAUAUGUUACGACCUCUUCGUUGUGGGACCUUCUUGAAGUGUUGUGAGAGGGGUGGGGUGGGACAGCGAAACUCGGGAUUUGAGGCCGAGAACUAUCUGUCUUUACUUGCCAUGCCUUUAGGACUCGUUGCUGGGGAGGAUCUAUCAUUUUUCUGUGCAUGCUUGACUUGACAUUCGCUCUGCUCUGAUGGUUGACGAGAUGGGUGCAUGAUUGUGUUGUGGCAUCUUUCUCUGUAUUGUGGUUUUUGUUGACGGGCUGGGUGGG